AUGGUCAAAAGGAACAGAGCUGGCCUGAUGCGCCCCGCCUCCUCGCUGCCUCACAUUCCCAGGAGCAGCUGUAGUUCCCGGCCCUGCCUGCUGGUGGCGCUGCGGCCCACAAACCUGCAGCAGGAGAAGGACAGAUUCUUCACCUCGGGUUUUCAGUACGAGCCUCAGUUUGAGUACGAAGAGACCGACCUCUCUGCUGUGCUGGACAAGUACAGACAGGCCUCCGCCCUGUUCCUCAGCCAGGCUGUGGGGAUCAUGCAGUGUGUGUUGAAGAAAUAUGGAUCGUAUGAAAUCUUCGAAGAGGCCACAGGGGGCGCUGUUCUCCCCAAGAGCCAGGUCUGGGCAGCAGUGAGGAAGUAUCUACAGAAGGAGAACUGUGUGGGAGAGGUACACAACCCAGAUGCAACACAACCCAGAGCAGGUUGGAGUGUGUGUGGAUAUUGUGUGUGUUUCUAG